AUGGCCUCCAAUAUCAUGUCAAGCUGGUUACUUUCUCUAUUUUUAUUGAGCUUGCUCAGUUGCAGAGUGCAGGCCCAGCUCUCAUCCUCUAGCUUCUAUGCCACCACUUGUCCGAAGUUGCAGAGCAUUGUGAGCUUAUCCAUGGCCAAAGCAGUGGCCAAUGAACCUCGCAUGGGGGCUUCCAUUCUUCGCCUCUUUUUUCAUGACUGCUUCGUUAAUGGUUGUGAUGCAUCAGUUCUGCUCGAUGAUAACUCAACUUUUACUGGUGAAAAGAACGCUUUCCCAAAUCAAAACUCGCUUCGUGGAUUUGAGAUAAUCGACAGUAUAAAAUCUCUUGUGGAGGCGUCGUGCAAAGCCACUGUUUCGUGCGCGGAUAUCCUCGCGCUUGCUGCUCGCGAAGGUGUUGUCCGGUUAUCUCUUGAAAUAGAUGAGGACAUACGUAUCAAGGGCUUGCCUCUUACUGGUGUCUGCCUUGAUCUAGCUAUGGGGCCGACUCCUGUACAUCUAGUGUCGAUCAGGAGCGAGGAGAACUUAUUCAACCUCUGGGUUUACCCCAUCGAGAUCAAUGAGGAAGUGGCUGAGGGGCGCAAGAUGUCCUUAAGGACAUUAACCCACCACUUUCAUGAAGUGGAGGCCACUUUGGCUCAGAUGGAUGAGGAUCACUGA